GACUACAGGAGAAAAAGAUGAAAGAAAAAGAUCUAAACACUUAAUUUACGAAAGGCUUGAAACAACACUGAGGACAGUCUCCCUAGUUAACCAUGGGAACAGAGAGUAUGGAAAACAUGCUGGAGCUCGCUGCAGAGGCUUUCCAGUCUAAAAACUUUGAGCUUGCCGCGGAUAUAUACGAGUGUCAGUUUGUGCACUACAGUGACCCUGUCAUUCAACAAGAGUUGCUGGUCAGGCGAGCGGAUGCACUGGCGUUUGAUGGCAAGUUAAAUGAAGCCUUUGAAACAUACCAGAAAGCCUCAGAGUUUGAGCGGCUGCGACCUGUCCAACUGGAAAAUCUUAUUGAAUGCCUCUCUAGCAACAUAGGGAAAAAAGACGGGACCCACAGUCAAAACAAGCAGCAUGUGGAAGCUGCUCAGCGUAGCGGAUAUGAUGCGUUCGCAUGUAGGAUAUGUUUCGGAUUUCUGUACGAGCCAGUUACAUUGCCUUGUGGACACUGUUUCUGUAAAAAGUGCCUCCAGAGAGAGAGAAAACCAAUUUCUUGUAAAGACUGUAAGGAGAGCACGAAACUCACAAACGUGCAUGAAUACAAAGUCAAUGUUGUUCUUAGCAACUUGAUGUCAAAGUGGUUUCCAUCUGAACUCAUCGCUGUCAAAUUGAGACUGGAGGGUAAUGGAUUGUAUGCUGAGAAGAGAAUGGAAGCUGCCUUGGAUAAAUACAAUGAAGCAAUUCUCAUAGCUCCUAGAGACCAUGUGCUGUAUAGCAACCGAUCCCAGAUCAAUUCUAGUCUGAAGAACUUUGAAGAUGCACUUAGUGAUGCUGAAAUGGCCUGUAAACUAAAGCCACUUUGGGUAAAGGGUCAUAUAAGAAAGGCACAGGUUCUCUCUACACUGGGGAAAACAGAGGAAGCUUUAAAUGAAUAUCUGCUCUGUAUCCAGUUGGAUCCAGAAAAUAAAUUAGCAAGAACAGAAGCCCAAAAGCUGCUGAGUGAUCUCCUGUCUCCAGUUACGGAUAAUGUUCAUAGGAAAAUUCUUGACUGCACAAGCCUGCUAUCAUCUAGGUCUAGAGUAAAGGGCAUCAUCACCUCUACAUCCAGUCCCACUCCCUUAAAGUCAUACAAGGACCUCAAGAAGUACAUCAUUAACAACGCAGCUCUGAGUGAUAAUUUGAAAGCUUCAGCAACUUUAAGUCCUCUUAGUCCUCUCCAUGAAACAAAUCUGAGAAAAGUUUGCAGCAAGAACAAGGAGAAAGAUAAGAGGUCAGCUAACCCUUCUGCCAUUGAAAGAGGCCUCUUUCUCAAACGAAAACACACCAUGGAGGGGGAUAGUGAAACAGGAGGCAGUGAGGACACAUGCAAGCGCUCUAAGCAAGAUGGUGUAAAUAAAAAAGAAGGGAUGGAAUGCUGCAAUGUAGUUGCUGACCUCAUUGACCCCUCUGACCUGGAAUGUUCUCUCUGCAUGAGACUAUUCUAUGAACCAGUUACCACUCCAUGUGGGCACACUUACUGUUUGAAAUGCAUGGAAAGAUGUUUGGACCACAACCCAAAAUGCCCUCUCUGUAAGGAAGACCUCUCAGAGUAUCUGGCACAAAGGCAAUACUGCAAGACUGUUUUGAUGGAAGAUCUCAUCUCCACAUACCUACCUGCAGAGCUUUUGGAGAGGCAGAAGAUCAAUGAGGAAGAAAUUGCAGAACUAUCAAAUUUGAACAAGAAUGUGCCUAUAUUUGUUUGCACCAUGGCCUUCCCUACGGUACCAUGCCCUUUGCACAUCUUUGAGCCUUGCUAUAGGCUGAUGAUCCGCAGGUGCAUGGAGACUGGUACCAAGCAGUUUGGCAUGUGCCUCAGUGACUCUAUCAAAGGAUUUGCUGAUUAUGGCUGCAUCCUUGAGAUCCGCAAUGUAGAAUUCUUUGCUGAUGGCCGCUCUGUUGUGGAUACAAUUGGUAAGAGAAGGUUUAAGGUCAUCCAGCAUAACCAGAGAGAUGGAUAUAACACAGCAGACAUCGAAUACCUAGAAGAUGUCAAGGUAGAAGGGGUAGCAGCUAAGGAGCUGCAAACCCUUCAUGAUGCUGUGUAUGACCAAGCGCUAAUCUGGGUCAACUCUCUCAAAGCUGAGCAGAAAGAAAGGAUUGUUUGUCACUUUGGGCCCAUGCCAGAGAAAGACUCAGAGCCACAGGCCAGUCCCAAUGGACCGUCGUGGUGCUGGUGGCUUCUGGCAGUGCUUCCACUGGAGGGGCGAGCCCAGCUCCCUUUCCUAGCCCUCACUUCCCUGAGGGACAGGCUGACUGGCAUCCGCAGAGUGCUUCUCUUCAUGUCCAGGAAUCGUCCACGGUGACCCCUACAGCCUUUUAUUGUCAACAGGACCAAAUUUUUACUCAAAUGUUUUCUUAUAGUUUGUAGGGUUUUUUUUUAAAUUUCUUUUCUUUUUUUCUUUCAUCCUUUUUUUAUGGUUAUUUAUGAGCAUUUGUGGGAAUGUCACGAUGCCUCACUGUUUACGCUGCUGUAAGGAAAGUACACUUUGAACACUUUGAAACUGAUUCUGUGUUCUAGUUGUGAUACAAAUCAAAACUAUAAUCUGGUACAUAUCUACAGACUUUUCCAUUGCAAAGUUCUCAAAAAUUGAGAAUGAAGUUCAUGUUGCCACACUGAAGCUUAUUAUCAGCUGAUUCCUGAUUACAUUUAGUACAACUUCUUGUUUAGUUUAGCUGAUUGUGAUACCUCCUAAGUGAUUUUUUUCAUAAUCAUGGUGAAUUAUUUAUUUGUAUUUAUAUUUUUGAUGUGAAAUCCAUUUCUUUAAGGGAAAACAGAGGCUGCUUAGUUGCCUUUAUUUAGGUACUUAAAUUAUAAAAGUAUUUUCGUUGCACGUUUAACAAAAAGGUUUGUAACCUUUCCUCAUUUUUUUUUAAAAGAGAUAAAUGUUGAAAGAUCCUAUAGUGAUACUGAAAGCCAGAUGAUACAGUUGAUCAUUAUUUAUUAUAGGUUUGUUCCAUCUAAUUUCAAAGUUUUAAUUUUAAGUGUGGAAAAUGCUACAUACUUCAAACCUUUUCAUUAGACCCAACAUGCUCAAAAGUUACAUAACAUUUUUUUAAGUUUAAAAACAUUGUAAGUAUUUGUUUAUAUUGAGGUCUAUGAUGUAUAAUUACAACAUCAUGAACCUCAUGUGGACUGGAUUAACAUUCACCAUUACUACACCUAUUAUUUGUUGUGUUCCUCCAUUUUACCCACCAUUUAUUAAGCUGUUUAUUAAGAUGUUUUAUCAAGCUGUGUAAACAAAACAGGUAUUGUUUAUGAAUAUACAUUUAAAUGUAUAAGAAAGCUAUAAGCAUUGAACAACUCUAUCUUACUAUCUAUCUGAACUUGUGGUCUCGACAAUGGGAUCGUAAAAUAUAAACAACAAUGGCGUGGAUUAUUGAUGGACAGACAUGUUACAAAAAUUAUGUCAAAUUGUGCCCAAAGUGAAAGCAAGUGUUAUUACCUUUGCAAAAAUAGGAGUCAUACGUUGACUACCCUGCAUCUAAUCUCCAUUCUCUGGCUGUUUGUUUUAGAAAAUCCUCUUAAUACCCUGCAGUCGUAAUGAACUAUUGGACAGAACUGGCUCUCUGUUGUAGAAACUCCAAGAAAAAAAGCAAGAGAACCUUCUCUGAGUAAUUCUUAAUGUUUCAUAAUGGUUAUGCUCAUUGUUCUUGAGGUCCUCGAUUCAAAAGGAUAACAACUUACCUUCAUCAGAUGUGCAACUCAUGAAGAUAUUUUGUGAUAGUUUCAGAUAAUUGGACACUUCAGCUGUAUAAGUAGCAAUUGAAGUUGUGUUUUUUGGGGUUUUUUGGAUUUAGUGCCUUAAGUUAGAUUUCUUCCAUGAUGUACCAGUUCCAAUACAGUACAUACCAUUUGAGGGAAAACUGUAUACAAUGCAAAAAGUUAGUUACAUGUAGCAUCUGCUUCAGAAUGCCAUGAUCUGUCAAAUCCAAAAUUAAACCCCAAAAUGACAUAAAACAAUUAUGCAUAUGAACAUACAUAUGAUUUAUUUUGUUGCCCUGCAACCUCAAAUUUUGUGCAUAGAGUUUUAACUAAAAUGGAAUGCACCAAAGAAUUAUGGUGUUUUUUAAAGUGAUAAUUCGAAUUG